UACAAUACAUCCUCGCGCUUAGAUUUGACUCAUUUGAAGGGAUUGGGCGAGAUUCUACUAGAGGGGCGUCGGAUGUAAGCAAGGAAUCCGCGUCCCAGGCGGAAAGAGAAAUUAUUACAACAUAGCAAACGGAUGCUGCCAGUUUGUACCAGGUGGUACUAGGAGGACGGGACAGGAUAACAUUGGCAUCCUGUGUCGAUGUAGCUGAGAGAGAAGGAAAACGAGAGGACCUGAGUGAAUAGAUAACAUUUAGUUACGAGUUUUUGCAUACAUCAGACGCACACGCUAUUAUCAUGCAUACGUGAGCGCAAAAUUUUCACAAUUUUCCACAAAGUUAAAAUAACAUUAUCAUUUUUCUCUCGAACGCUGACGUGCGACGAUCUGUUUGCCGCGGACAGCACCGCUUCUCGGAGAGAGAGUGGCAAUCACUUGCAAAAGUCCAUAGUGCUUAUUUCAAGGAUACGAUUCAGUCGGAAAUCUGUCACGCUUUGGAGUGGUUUGCUCUUCAAGAUAAUAAAACGUGAUAAAUCUGUUACUUUAUUAACGUCGUGUUAUGUAUGUGAUUUUUUAGUGUGAUGAAACUUAUGAUGAGUGAAUAGGCUUCUUACUAAACUAUUUUAAACUAUAGUAACGUAAAACUAAAAUAAGUGAAGAUUUUAAAUCAAAGGUGUGAUACUGUUUUGUUUCGAUCGAAUAUGCAAGCCACUGCCUCGCCUCUCCCGUCACCAUCACCGUUGGAUCUACGACCCGUACUCCCUGGAACAAUUAUUUCUUCAACCAUGCAUCCUUCACACGAUACACUACACAGGGUUCAAAGCCCUGUCAGCGCUGUCAACAGUGUGAAUCAGCAGCACAACCACCAUCAGCACCAGCUCCCACAUCAUCAUAAUCAUCAUCAUUCUCACAACAGCCAGCAUCUUCAGAAUAUCCCAAACGGAAAUACUGCUAGCAACAAUAGCACUAUUGCAACCGGAAGCAAUUCCAGCAGUGGCAACACUACAAACGAUAACACCAGCAAUCACCAGGAUGACACCGGUGAUGGGAGCAGCAGUGUAGUUGCCACAAACAAUAGUACCAACGGAACGGGAAGUACAAAGACUUCACGCGCUCAGGCAUUGGUAAAGCCGCCUUACUCGUAUAUUGCACUCAUUACCAUGGCGAUACUGCAGUCGCCGCAAAAGAAACUGACGCUUAGCGGGAUUUGUGACUUUAUUAUGAAUAGAUUUCCCUACUACAAAGACAAAUUCCCCGCAUGGCAAAACUCCAUCCGUCACAAUCUUAGCCUGAAUGAUUGCUUCAUCAAAAUACCUCGCGAGCCCGGCAAUCCCGGUAAGGGGAACUUCUGGACGCUGGAUCCACUGGCCGAGGACAUGUUCGACAACGGAAGUUUCCUCCGACGGCGAAAACGCUACAAACGCACCACCAUUCCGCCCGGAAUGAAUUUUCCGGCGGUGUUCAACCCGUUCGCACCAUUCUGGAUACGGAAACCGGUUCCGGUGAUACCGAUGCAAUUUCCACCGCACGCAAACAUGGCAGGAUUUACCGACGGACUGCCGAUUUCUGCGCGGGGAGAUUUCAUGCUGGACAGUAAAUUAAGCCUAUUCGGAGGGAAAAUCGACGACUUGAAUGCAGCAGUUAUGGAGAACAGUGAGUUCCUGCAACGUAAUGUGGACAGCUUGAAAAUUUCCAGUGCGAUGAACAAAUUUUUUCACGGAUAUAAUAGUGAAGGAGGGGGGCCCAGUAGUUCUUAUGAAAACAGUGUAAAUAGUUUACAGUGCAAUAAUAACAAUAAUAACAAUGGUAGUUCAAUUAUUAGCGAUAGUGUGAGUGGGUACUUUACUAAAACAAACAACAACGUUCCUAUGACAAUCCCCACCGAACGAUAUCAAUUGGGUAUGAGUCGAAUCGAUUCUUCUCCGUCAGCCGUGGGCACUGAAGACAAUACCAGUCCUUACGAAUUAGAUCUUUCAAAUGAUGACAGAAUUGAUGUUGAGAGUGAUGAUGAUUAUCAUUCCAUAGGGAGAGUGUACGAGAUCGAGCAAAAAAAUAAUGAUGACUAUACAAAGCGCAAUGGACAUAGCUCGCCCGUAGAGAAAAAACUGAAUGCCAAAGAUCAUAGAUCUAAUGAAGUUACGAAGGUUCAAAAUGACACCGAAGAUGAUUGCUGUGAAGAUGAUGAUAACUCCGAUAAAAUCAGUAGUGGAUCACAAGAUUUCGCACGUGGCUCCGAUAAAAAACUUUAUAGUUAUGAUAACGCGGGCCAUUUGCUACCAAACGUUCUUGCUGAUAGAUGUCAACCGGCGAAACGCACUAUCGAAGCUGGGGAUGAACUAAACGUAGUCGAUAGCUACGGCGAAACAAAACUGAUUGGAUUUGACUUUGCUAAUCGAAAGCGCAAAUAUGGAAAUACUACGGGAUUCAGCAUAGAAAACCUGAUUGGAUGUAAUGUGGACGACAGAUAAACGGUCGGUGUGCUCCUAGAGGAUGGUAUUUACUUGGUUGAAUUCUACCCACGAAGCCAUAGUGCUGUAAAGUAGAAUAACAUUCUGUAAAUAAUGUACUUAGAAUGUAAUUAUUAUUUGUGAUGGAGUAUAAAAUAUAUCAUUUUAGAAUUUUAAA